AGGGAGGAGGAGGUUAUGAAACAGUUGAGUAAGGACAUUGGAUGGGAGGAAGUUGAUGUUGAUGAUGAAGGUUCUGAGUCAGAUGAGCUAAGGAGUUUACAGGGGUCAGAUGAGGAAGAAGAGGACAUUCCCUGGUUUCAUGAAAAGACUGAUUUCAAGAACCCAAUUGUGCUAGUGAAGAAGUUGAGGUUCUCCAACAGCACAAUUCUAAGAAAAGCCUUGAGGAUACAUGCAAUAGAGAACAAAUAUGAGUAUUACUAUCUGCACAAUGGUGGUAAAAGGAUUACCACAUUUUGUAAGAGAAUGUGCAAGUGUAAGUGGAAUUUCAAGAGAUGCAAAGUGACUGGGGAGUGCAAUUGUAGUGCUAGGGUGAAGAAGUGCAGGUUUAAGGUUUCUGCAAGAAGGGUGGUCAACAGUGAUGCUUGGCAAAUCAUAGACUUUAGGCCUAAGCAUGUGUGUAUGAGAAGUAAAAUGAAUUCAAUGGUGAAUGCUGAGUUUCUUGCUGAGAGGUAUGUUGAAGAAUGGAGGCGCAACCCAAGUUGGGAUCUAAAAAGUUUCAGAGCUAGGGUGCUUAGUGACUUAGGCAUAGUAGUUAAGUACUCAAAAGCAUGGCUGGCUAGAGCUAGGGCAAAGCUGAUGAUUUAUGGGUCAGCUUGUGAGCAAUAUGCCAGAGUUUGGGAUUAUGGCAAAGCUGUAAUUAAGUACAGCCCUGGGUCUGGGGUGGCCAUAGUUGUAGAUGUUGAUGAAAGCAGACCAGAACUCCCAUUGCUUAUGAGGAUGUACAUUUGUCUGCAACCACUAAGAAGUGGUUUCAUAAAGGGAUGCAGGCCUCUAAUAGGCCUUGAUGGGUGUCACCUGAAGGGAGCCUACCCAGGGCAAAUUCUUGUGGCAGUUGGAAAAGAUGGAAACAAUAACAUUUAUCCAGUGGCCUGGGCUACUGUUGAAGUUGAGAAUAAGGAAUCAUGGUGCUGGUUCCUAGGCUGUUUAAAAAAGGACCUUGGUGAUGUGUGUGAAGGUGGUGGUUGGACAUUCAUGUCUGACAAACAAAAGGGUCUACUUGAAGCCUUGGAAUUGCAAGUCCCAUUUGCUGAGAAGAGGUUCUGUGUGAGGCAUAUAUGGGCCAAUUUCAAGCUUCAAUUCAGUGGAUCAACCUUCAAAGAGCUCUUCUGGAAUGCUGCUAGGGCUACAACAGUGGUGAGUUACUAAUUCAAUAUUAAGUAGGACAUGCACAUCAGUUUAAACAUAGGUGUUUAGUAGGUUGCAAAAUUUCU